AUGUCCUCGCCACCAAACCCAUCCGUCACCUCCAAAUCCACCAGGAAGCCCGCCGCCAUGGACAACACUGCCCUCUUCCUCCAGCUGGUAUCCAAAAUCCCGCUUAUGGCCCGGGUGGCCCUGCUUCACAUGUUGCAGGCCUCGCCGGCGUCAAAAUAUCAGGAUUUGCGAACCGAACUUACCAUCGCUAUGAUCCGCUCGUUCAUGGACGUCCCCAAGCCGAAGAGCAUCACUUCUACUCAAAGAAUGCUUUCGAGGGCGCCCCCGAUCAGUGGCACGAUAUGGGUCAGCAAGUACACUCUACCCAUCGCAACGGAGGAGGAUGCGCGCCACAUCCAUGACACCUUGACCAAGGUCAUCGACGGGCUUCAAGACCGCGACCAACCCAAGACGGCCAGGAUCCAAUUACCUAAAGUCCUUCCCGUUGAGGCGGAGUGGACAGCACACAGGCCGGGCGUGCCCAAGGACGCGAAGCUGCCCGAGAUCCCAGAACGGGAGAAGUACGACGAGAUGAUGAAGGACGUCAAGACUCCGACCACGGUGCUCUACUUCCACGGCGGCGCCUACUGGCUCAUGGACCCGGCCACCCAUCGGCCCACGUGCAGGGAGCUCGCCAAGCGGACCGGUGGCAGGUGUUACUCGGUGCGCUACCGGCUCGCGCCGCAGAACCCGUUCCCGGCGGCAGUCAUGGAUGCCUUAGUCUCAUACCUCGGCCUCCUCUACCCACCUGCCGACGCCUUCCACGAAGCCGUGAAGCCCGAGCACAUCGUAAUUGCCGGCGACAGCGCGGGCGGCAACCUCUCGCUCGCGCUCCUCCAGCUCCUCAUGCAAAUGCAGCGCUCGGGAACCACCGUGUCCUGGCUCGGCCAGGAGCGCUCCGUCCCCUUACCUGCGGGUGUCGCCGUCAACUCGCCCUGGAUGGACAUCACGCACAGCUCGCCCUCGUGCGUCACCAACGCCCCCUUCGAUUAUUUACCCGGCCUCGAGGCGCAGGACAACGCCGACAAGUCCCGCGACCCUUGCGCGGCCUGGCCCGCCAACCCCCCACGCAUGAGCAUGUACGUCGCUGACGAUUACAUCAUGCACCCCCUCGUGUCACUUCUGCUAGCGCCUAGCUGGCGCGGCGCGCCGCCGACGUACAUUUGCACGGGGUGGGAGAUGCUAGCGGACGAGGACAAAUUCACGGCGGCGCGGUUCCAUGCCGAGGGGGUGUCGGUGACAUUUGAGGAGUACGAGGGGAUGCCGCAUUGCUUUGCUAUGUUGUUGAAGAACCUGAGGGAGGCGGAUAGGUGUAUGGAGGGGUGGUCGAGGUUUAUUGCGAGGGUUACGAAGCCGAGUGCUGCUGCUGAGGGAGCGGAUGUGGAGAAGAGCACGACGAGGAGUACGUUUACUACGAUCAAGUCGGAGACACUGGAGGAGAAGGAGCUGGAUCCUACGACGCUGAGCCCAUAUACCGAGGUUGAGAUUAGAGAGAAGAUUAGGAGGAGGAUAGAGUUGAAGUGUGUGCCGGCUACGGAGGGAGAUGUUGCGAAGCUUUGA